CACCAGCCCACCAACUGGGCUUCUUCCGCAAUCACCAGCACCACUUGGUACGCUAUCUCAUUCCCACGCUUCACGUCUACCCGGCUUGCACAUUCCACGUCAAUCACCACGUCCUUCUAUCUGACCCACUCGACCAUCGUCACCCUCAACUGUACCUUGGCGUACUAACACGUCGUAGUGUUCCUCCAAUACUGACCGGCUCUUGUCUGACCCUUUCGACUGGUAUGUCUUCCAAGCCUGAACCUACUCACACGUUUUCUCCGUCAUCAUCCGUAACCACGCAUGCUGAUGUACCACAGAGCUCUCUCAUCAUGCCUCGCCUCGCCUUGCUCCUUGUGGGCGCUUUGCUCGCGCUUGUUUCCACAGUCGAUGCCGCCAAGAAGGACACGAUCCGCCUGUACAAGUUCAACACUGAUGACUGCGCCGGAGCUCCGGAUGGCGCCAACAUCGAUGUUGUGCGAGACCAAUGCGUGAGCGUUGGUACGGCGUCGAGCCUCAAGCCCGCUUUCCACAAUAACCGCGAUUGGAUCAACGAGAUCAACAGUGGCAAGACAUCUUGCUGGUUGAUUCCCUACGAACAGCCAGGUUGCCAACAGGGGCAAGAGCUCAAAUCCAUCCCACUUCCGCAGGAGAUGUUUAGGUGCUAUUCCGAUGGUGAUGAGAGGAUUCGUUCCGUCAAGUUCGCCUGCUCCAUCGAAAAGUUCUACUCGACGACCUGGACGACCACCAUCGCCCAUACUUCUUGGUCGAUCGGCCGCGACGAACGCCCCACGCCUGUUUUGUCUACGACUUCGCUCACGAUCACUGGCUCAUACGUGACCUCUGCCAAUCCGACUGCUGCCGUCGUUCUGGCCGUUGUUCCUAACGCAACGACGAAGACUGACUUGGACCACGUCGAACCUCGCACUCAGGACGAUACAGACAGCGAUUUGGAAGACGACACCGAUGCUCCCGAUUCCACUCCGGUUCCCGCUCCUUCUAUCCACCGACGCGAUGCUGAGCGCCAACGUCAAUCCAAGGGUGUGUGGAUGCUUCACCCAUGGAGUGCGACGCCCCUCUGUUACGAGUGCUACACCAAGGGGAAGACGAAUGACUUUUCCAAGUUCGAUUGCCGAUCCGGUCCGAACAACAUCGUCAACUGCGGCGACAAGCCAGAGUUGGGACCAGACAACGAGCCUGUUACCCGCACCGCCGGCGAAACUUCUACCUCUACGAUCACCACCACAACGUCACUCACCUCCCAUACCACCACAACCAGUACGACCAGUUCGGUUGAUGAUUCGACGUCGACAGUCUCGCCAAAGAUGGCCAGGUCGUGGCACAGGCGUGUCGCGUUUGAGAAUCCAUUUGUAUCAGGCAAUACAGUGUGUGCCGACGCCGAGUGGGAGAAGCGCGGCCAGGCCGACACCGAAAUCCGCCUCCAGAAGAUCGGGAGCGACAUGAAGAAGUGCGACAAGGCCCAGGCUCAGACUCUCAACAUCCCGAAGCCUGUCACAGUCCGACCUACGACCGUUACUACCAUGACAACGAUCGAGUCGGCGACAUCGACUUCCACCACGUCCUUGACGAUGCUAAAGCGUGUGACUGUGGCACAUGGCGACUUGUAAGCCCUCGGCUGAGCGUUUGGCAAGAUGUUCGAGCCUUGCAAGUCUAGGAUGGUUUAUCAGCGUUUGAGUGUUAUUAUUUGUGACCGGUGAAUUGUUUCUCUGUUUCUUCCAGCAUGCUUCCAUGUUUGUUGCAGCCACGCUGCUUGUUUGUAUCGAUAGAGUAGAUAGUUCAACGAUGUUCUGAGCCCAAGGCCAUGAUAUGCUUCGU